CAGGCCUUCCAGGACAACCUGGAGAAGAUGGGACUCCAGGACAGAAAGGUUCUUCAGGCCCUCCAGGCAUACUAGGAGAACAGGGUUCCCAAGGCUACAGAGGAGAGAGAGGCAGCAAAGGGGAGCUGGGGAUAUCAAGGAGACGCUGGACCGCAGGGACAAAGAGGGCAAAAAGGAGACAAGGGUAAUAAAGGUGUGAGAGGCUUUGUUGGGAUCCCUGGAUACAUUGGGAUUCCAGGAGCCAGGGGUCCUCGUGGUUUUCCAGGACCACCUGGACCUCAGGGAGAGAUUGGAGCUCCAGGUUUCAGUGGUCCACCAGGCCCCCGUGGCAUAAUGGGCACCAGAGGAGUAAAAGGAUAUUUAGGAGUCAAAGGACCACCAGGUCAUCAAGGGGAAAUGGGGGUCAGAGGAUCAGAUGGACCACAGGGAGAUCCUGGUCCAGAUGGAAUGGUUGGGUUCCCGGGUGUCCAGGGUGCUCAGGGAAAACCUGGACCAAGUGGCCCUACAGGCCCCAAAGGGGAUUCUGGUGAUCCAGGGGAUGAAGGCGAAAUAGGAGGACCUGGACCUCCUGGGCUUGAUGGGGCCAGUGGAAAUCCAGGAAAGCCUGGACCCUCAGGGUGCUAAAGCCAGACGGGGUGAGAAGGGCGAUUCAGGCUUCCAAGGAGACCCGGGACCUCCAGGGCCUCCAGGAAAACAAGGAUUUAA